AAAAAUGUCUUCUCAUUAGUACUAAUUAUCCUCCGAGAGGUUGAAGAAUAUCACCGGAAGAGAUCUUUAACCUCAAGCGUCACGAUUUUCGCUUUGAGCAAGGCAUCAUUGCAAAUGAGACACUAAUUUGGACAUUUAUGCAAUCCUGAUUCCUACAGAUCUGAUUAUUAUAGUUUCCAUCGACCAAGUCACUUAUUCUUAGAUGUGCUGGCGGAGAUUAUGUACCAGUUUGUGUUGAACAUCUUUCGAUGGAAGUUGAUUAUAAAGAGGAAACUUAUUCUUCAACCUCUACUUGAUAUUAAUUUAGAGAAGAAGUUGGAUCUUCAUGGCUAAAGAAGCUUCAUUUUGUCAUGUCUUCUUGAGCUUCAAAGGGGAAACACGAAACAACUUCACAUGCUUCUUAUAUGAGGCAUUAAAAGCCGAUGGAUUCAUAGCCUUCAUGGACAAAAGUGAUAUAUGUGUUGGAGAUGAACUAAAUUCAACAAUUAUGGAGGGGAUUAGAUCCUCCAUGAGCGCCAUCAUUGUAUUCUCCCAAACAUAUGCAGAAUCUACGUGGUGCCUUGAUGAACUUGUCCUCAUCCUUGAACGCUACAAGGUCUCUAGGUAUUUUAUCCUACCAAUUUUUUAUGAGGUUGAAAUCCAUGAUAUUAAACACCAGCUGGGUAAUUAUGGUAUCGCGCUUGAGAAGCAUAGGGCAAGGCACAACCACAAAGUGGAGAAGUGGAGAGAAGCUCUGGUAGAAGUCGGAAAUAUAUUUGGAGAGCAGGUAGAGGGACUACAAAGCACUUUCAUCCAAAACACUGUCAAAUUGUUUCGAGAAAGAUUGGCAGUCAGGUUCCCUGAAUGUCAUCACCCAGUGCCAAAAGGUCAAGUUUUACAAGGCAUGUCUGCAUCUCCCUCUUUGAGGCACGAGUCAUCUGCUGACAAGAUACUUUUUUACACAACUACCAGGGCCAACAAUGGCGGAGGUGUUUAUAAGUCGUUAAGGAAGAUACUUGAAAGUGGAAAUGUGGUGUAUGAGGUGAGAAAUUGCUCAGAUGAGCCCAUGUAUGUGAGUGAGCUAAAAGAGCUGCUUGGUAAAAAGAAGGUAAGACUUCCUACCGUGAUUGUGAAUGGGAAGGACUUGUGUGGAGAAGAAGAGGUAGAGGGUUUUUAUGAUAUUGAAAUGAAGCAAGAGCUCAAGGGAAUACUAAAGGCCAUAUAUUGGAACCAAUACUUGGGAAAAAAAAUAAUGAAAAAGGAAAGAAAAAGAUACAUUUUUAAGAUGCAAUUCGAAUGGAUUAUUAGUGCAUUAUGUACCUUCAAGACACAGUGUAAAUGUAAUGUCUCAGGUGACGCAGAACAGAGGCCGAGGUUCACUGCUGUCGGAGAAGAUUUCUUAUUUACUUUUGUCCCUCCUGUGUCUAACAGGUUUUUAAGUGAUGUGUAAAGAAAGGUCCUAAACUCUUACUUCAUAUACAUUCUUAGCCGAGCAUUAAAAACAUUAUUUUUGUAAUUGAUGCUUCUUCCUCAUGAUUUAAUUUGUAAUGGGUCGAUUUGGGUGAUUAACUGAUUAUGAAGUAAGUUAUUUUCACACAUAAGUGAUCUACAAGUGAAACAAAGUUUCUCUGUUUAAAAGUUACUUGGAGUUUUUGGCAAAUGACUUCUAACAUUUGUUCACUAUUAUUUUGUUCACAUGCAGCUGUCUGAAUUUGUUAACUAUCAAUCUUUUCUCAGAAAAUUUUCUUUCAAUUGUAGAGCUCAUACUCAGACAGAACUGCCAUAAUACAUCACCUUAAGACAUCAAGGGACCU